CGACGAGUCAACCCCUCAGCGUUCACCGAAAAGUCGUCUGAUCUCCAUGUAAGCACUGGCAUCUUGGCGGAGGUCUGUGCGAUUACUGGGUUUACUUUAUUUAGAAAUCGCACUAUGGCUGUAGUGUUUAUAUCACUCUAUAUGUAGUACAACAAUGAGGUUAAAGAAGAUGAGGUCUAUUUACUUUCUCUAUCAUUCAUCCCGCCUCUAAAGUCUAUCCAUACUUCCAAAACUUCAUCUUUUCUCUCACCAAGCGAAUUCACAACUACCAGAAGACUUCCAAUUCACAAUGAAUCCAUCAGAGCUCCCUCCCGUCACUCAACCAGUCGCUAUUUUCGACCAGUUCAUUGCUCGACAGACCGAGACAAUGAUACUCAAGGAGAAGAUCCUAUCAUUAUCAGGGGAUAGUUUCGACGUGAAGCUUGCCAACGGCCAGCCGAUACUAAAAGUCCAAGGAAAAGUCAUGACGAUCUCGGGCCGUAAAUCGAUCUACGAUAUGGCAGGCAAUCACUUGUUUGAUAUCGUCAAGGAGCAUUUUCAUAUCCAUACAACUUUCGCUGCGCAUGAUUCGGUCGGGAAUAGAAUUCUACAAGUCAGGAAUAGUAUUACGCUAAUCGGCUCCAAAGCCACUGCGACUUUCACAUCCCCUCAAACCGGCACAAUAGUGAAUUUAAAGAUGAAGGGAAACUGGAUGGAUAAUAUAGUUGAUAUUAUCGAUGAUCAUACCGGUGCCGUGGUAGCACGCAUUAAUCGGAAGAUUUUCCGUGGCCGCGAGUUACUUUUCAGCAAGCAGACGUAUGGGGUAGUUGUGGCGCCGGGUGUUGAUAUGGCUCUUAUUGCUGCUAUGUGUAUUUGUUUUGAUGAGAAGAAUAAUGAGAGAAGGGCUGGGUCUGUUUAUUAAUGGG